CAAACACAAACGUCCGCUUUUCCUCUUUCGAAACCACUCUCUUAUUUUCAUCCAUUAUCGCCAUGAGCCCUCAGAAAGCCGAAGUCGAACACCACGAAGGCAGCAUUGUCCUUGAUGUCGAGAAGAGUGCCGGUUCCAGCCACUCCCACCAGCACGCUGAACCUUUCUGCAACGUCCCCGAACACGCAAAGAAGGUGUCCAACCCUAUGGCCAUUGGUUUCGGUGCUUUUGCUCUUGGAGCUUUCCUUGUCGGCAUUACGAACGCUGGCAUUGUCACCGAGCUUCCUCAGGGCGUCCUUGGCGUUGCACUCGGUUUUUCGGGCAUGGGCCAAUUCGUCUGCGGUAUCUUUGAAAUGGUUGCAGGCAACACCUUUGCUGCCACCACCAUGCUCACAUACGCCGGUUUCUGGAUUUCGUACGGUGUCAUGUUCAGCUCGGGUGCAGGCUUUAUGACCGCGGUCACGGCCGCAGGUGAAGAGGGUAUGCACGAACUCCACCAUGUCAUCGGUCUCUGGCAAAUUGCAUUCGCUGUCCCAUCGUUAGUAUUCUUCAUUGGCACCUUCAAGCAGCCCUGGAUUAUUCGAUUAGUCUUGCUCCAAGUGUUCUUGACCUUCUUCUUCGGUGGUCUCGGCGGUCUCACUGGUGUCGCUGGCUUGACCAAGGCUGGUGCCUGGGUCUCAUUCACUCUUUCGCUCACUGCUUGGUACGUCAUGACCGCCAUCCUCUGGGCUGAGGAGAAAGUUAUGAACUUGCCUUUCUUCUAAAAGAUGAAACCCGAUGAACGCUGGACGUACUAUCUACUCUCUAUAUCGAGCAACAAAAAGAAUCCGUAUAUUGUUUCUAUUAAACCCAUAAAAAGCAUGCCACAUUGAUUUUUCGACUACUACUACUACCACUAGUGUCCUCUACUGUCUUCGUCAUCAGUGGCUGUCUAUUGUAUAGUUUCUUACUCUUUACCACUACUACUUUUAUCUAAUACUACUUUGAACACCCUAUAGUUAUUACAUUUUCAUUGUCUGUAAAGCAUCGCAUUUCAUAAUGCAAUGCUCACUCUGUACUAUAAAUAUAUAACCACGCAGAUACUCUCUCUCUCUCUCUCUAUCUUUGUUUAGCUAUUAUCCAUACUAGCAAUUUGAUAUCCUGAAAUAAAU